AGAAGACCCCAAUUCGCGCGCGUUUGGGUGCUGCAAAAUACGACGUCGCAUUCACUUGCUCCCCUUCUAGAGCAACCGGAGCAUUUCUUGAUUCUUUCAAUGUAAUUUUGAAACUUGAAAGCUGGCGUUGAUCUGGUUCUCGGGGGAGAAGAAAUGAAGAAAUCCGAUAAAAUUGCAUUUUUAUUUGCAAUACUUUUCGCCGAAUUUAGCCUUUAUGCGAUCGGAGAAGAAGUAUUUGAUGUUCGGAAACAUCUCUCCACUGUAUCUAGAUAUGGUGCUGUGAAGGAUAUACUAUCAGGCGAAUCGGUUGUGGCUUCUGAGAUCCCCAAUCAAUGUACCCCAAUUCACUUAAAUCUCGUGGCUAGGCAUGGCACUCGUGCUCCAACGAAGAAAAAGAUAAUGGAGUUAGAUGCCUUAUCCAGCCACCUAGAAGUCCUUGUGAAAGAUGCAAAAGAACAAAGGAAAUCAUUGGAGAAAGUUCCUGCAUGGAUGCGUGUAUGGAAGUCUCCGUGGAAGGGGAAACGCACAGGUGGAGAACUUAUUGCUGAAGGAGAAGAUGAGCUAUAUAAUCUUGGGAUAAGAAUCAGAGGAUAUUUUCCAGAUCUCUUUAAGGAGGAAUAUCAUCCAGAUGUUUAUACAAUUAAGGCAUCUCAGGUCCCUCGGGCAUCAGCUAGUGCUGUGGCCUUUGGCAUGGGCCUUUUUAGUGCAAGAGGGAAGCUUGGGCCAGGCAAAAAUCGAGCAUUUGCAGUUAGCAGUGAAAGCCGUGCAAGUGACAUAAUUCUGAGAUUUCAUGAUUGUUGUCAAAGCUAUAAGGAGUUCAGAAAGAGCCAACAACCUACUCUUGACAAGCUCAAGGAGCCCGUCUUGAAUGAAAUUACUAAGGAUUUUAUAAAGAAGUAUGGGCUUAACUUCACUAGGCAAGAUAUAUCUUCUUUAUGGUUUCUCUGUAAGCAGGAAGCAUCAUUAUUGAACAUAACUGGUCAAGCUUGCAGUUUAUUCAGUCCGUCUGAGGUUUCUCUGUUGGAGUGGACUGAUGACUUGGAGCUGUUCAUAAUAAAAGGCUAUGGUAAUUCAUUGAACUAUAGAAUGGGAGUUCCGUUGCUUGAAGAUGUAAUUCAAUCUAUGGAACAGGCAAUCAAGGCUAAAGAAGAAGGACAUCCCCAAGGAAGUUAUGAAACUGCAAGGCUACGUUUUGCUCAUGCAGAAACCUUGCUUCCCUUUUCAUGUUUGAUCGGACUAUUUCUUAAAGAAUCUGAAUUUGAAAGGAUUCAAAAAGAAGAAGUAUUACAACUCCCUCCCAGGCCUCCUCAAAAGAGAAAUUGGCGGGGCAGUGUAGUUGCACCUUUUGCCGGAAAUAACAUGCUAGUACUCUACAGUUGUUCUGCACAGGAAUCAAGCAAGUACUAUGUUCAUGUGUUGCACAAUGAGCAUCCAAUUCCAAUGCCGGGUUGCAAUGGAUCUGCUUUUUGCCCUUUUGAAGUAUUUAAGAACCGAAUAGCCGCUCCUCACAUGAAGCUUGACUACAAUACCCUUUGCAAUGUGAUCCCUAGUGAUGUUGUGGCGCCAAGCGUGUGGUCAAGAGCAUUUGCGUGGCUUUUCUCACCAAGGACCGCUCCCACGCCAUCCCCGAAGGUUGAACUAUAGUUUCUUUUUCUGAAACGUUUGUGUAAGUUAAUUACCCACGCCAUCUAUUUUGAUUGCUCUCUGUGUUGGCCUAAUGACAAGAAACCCAAAACUUUUCCUCAAAUUUGCAAUCCCGUCCCAAGCUUUAAAAAUUACCAAAUUUGUCAUGAUUUGGGCUCUCAAGUGUAUAUUUGGUGUCAAGAAAUUGCACUCAUGCCCAAAUCAUUGCAAAAUAAAUCGACGGUUUUUGAAGUCUUUGGACAGAAUCGCAAAUUUAUGGUGAAGUUUUGGCUUUAUUUUUUUGCUUACUUUCAGUUGCUGGCUGGUAGCUGAACCUAACCAUCCGAUCUUCUGGUGGGAUUUAUUAAAAAAAAAAUGAAAGUGAAACUUGAGAGGAUGGGAACAGAAACAACUAACCUUUUUUUUGUUGAAAGAACUAACUAACCCGGUUUUGUUGGGAAUAUUAUCAGAUUUUUAAGCUCUAAAAUUGGUAAUGGAU